AUGCCACCAAAGAAGAAGGGAGCUCAGGAGAAACCAAUUUUGUUGGGAAGACCAGGAAACAAUUUGAAAUCUGGUAUUGUCGGCUUGGCAAACGUUGGGAAAUCGACUUUUUUCCAAGCUGUCACCAGGUCACCCUUGGGUAACCCAGCCAACUACCCGUUUGCUACCAUCGAGCCAGAAGAAGCCAGGGUCAUUGUCCCCAGUGAAAGAUUUGACAAAUUGUGCGAAUUGUACAAGCCCAAGAGCGAGGUGCCCGCUUUUUUGACCGUUUAUGAUAUUGCCGGGUUGACGAAAGGUGCACACUCUGGUGAAGGGUUGGGAAACAAUUUCUUGGCCAACAUUAGAGCUGUUGAUGCUAUUUUCCAAAUGACCCGAGCAUUCGAUGACGCCGACAUCAUCCACAUCAAUGACGAGGUCAACCCCGUGGCUGAUUUGGAAAUUGUUCGCGACGAGUUGAGGUUAAAAGAUAUUGAAUUUGCAACGAAAUACUUGGAAGGGAUUGAAAAAAUCACAAAGAGAGGUGGACAGUCUUUAGAGGUUAAGCAAAAGAAGGAAGAAGCCGAGUUGGUCAAGAGAAUUAUCCAGUUGCUAGAAGAUGGCAAGAGAAUCGCCAACCAGACUUGGACCUCCAAGGAAGUUGACGCUAUUAACCAAAUGCUCUUGUUGACUGCCAAGCCAGUCAUCUACUUGAUCAACUUGUCCGAGAAGGACUACAUAAGAAAGAAGAACAAGCAUCUUUUGAAAAUCAAGGAGUGGGUCGAUGCCAACUCUCCAGGCGACUUGAUCGUGCCCGUCUCGGUUUCUUUAGAGGAGAAAUUGGCCGGUAUGGGAUCUGACGAGGAAAGAGAAGCUUAUUGUAAAGAAAUCGGCGCGCAAUCGGCUUUGCCAAAGAUUAUCGUUGCCAUGAGACAGAAAUUGGACUUGAUCUCGUUCUUUACUGGUGGUCCCGACGAAGUUAGAGAAUGGACCAUUAGAAAAUGGUACACUGCCCCACAAGCCGCUGGUACUAUCCACACUGAUUUAGAAAGAACUUUCAUCUUGGCCCAAGUUAUCAAGUACGAUGAUUUGGUCGAGUACGGCGAUGAAAAUAGCGUGAAAGCUGCUGGUAAAUUGUUGCAAAAGGGCAAAGACUAUUAUGUCGAGGAUGGAGAUAUCAUAUACGUUAAAGCUGCUGAGGGUAAAGCUCGUUAA